CAGAAGUUAGAUUUUCUUUUUAUCAACCUCAACUCCUUUUCUGAGUAUGGAGAAUGCAAAAGGGAAGAUGUGGAACUCCACAAAGAAAUCAGGGGAGAAAAAUAUGACUUGUAAAUUCCAACCUGUGUCAGUAGAAGCUGAAGAGGAACAGCGAGCUGCUGGUGAACCAAGUAUGCAAAAAACCUCAGGGAAGGGGACCAAACGAAAAAGACCUAUCGAAGCUGACAAAGCUUCCUGUCCACAAAAGAUGGCACAAGACGAUAAAAAAGUAAAACUUAGAAAAAAGAUACCAAUUCCUCCAUUACCCUCCAAACUGCCACCAGUCAACCUGCUACACCGGGACAUCGUGAGGGCCUGGUGCCAGCAAUUAAAGCUGUGCACCAAAGGCUUGAAAUUGGAUGUAUACAGGAGACUCUGCGAAUACGCUUAUCCUAAUCAAAAGGACAUUCCGAUCACAGCAAAGGAGGCCAAGAUCCUGACAAAAUCACAAAUAAAAUUAAAGAUGAAAAGGGGAGAAAUAACGCUGGAUCCUUCUGAAGUGACUGCUGUCUUUAAGGAAGGGGCAUCUGUUCUUGAAGGGUCUACUGCUCUCCUUGAUGAAAUGGACAAUGUUGUCAUGACAACUUCUACCCCGAAUGCUGUGUUUGCUUCCUGGACCAGAAUUGCAGCCAGGGCUGGGAAGAUAGAGGCAGUGAAAUCAUCGCAAGAGGCCUCUCGUGUCAUGUGGUGUGUGGUCCAUGGGCGAAGUCUCCCUGCAGACACGGAGGGUUGGGUCCAGCUACAGUUUUAUGCUGGGCAAGCCUGGGUUCCUGAAAAACAAGGGAGAGUGUGUGCACUUUUCUUGCUACCUGCCUGUAACUUUCCACCCUUACAUCUGGAGGAUAAUAUGUUGUGCCCCAAAUGUGUUCAUAGGAAUAAGGUGUUGAUGAAAAGCCUCCAAUGAGAUUACAAUGCCAGGAAAAAGGGUACAGCUCUGAUUUAUAUUAAUGGUAGAAAGAUGACUGCAAUCAACUUCGUGGUGCCCCUGACAUCUGAACUCCAAGCUGCUCCCCACCUUCAACGCUUCCUGCUUAUAGGGCCUACAGCCAGUAGGCUGCAGGUGUUAACCCUCAGAGCCCCAGAGCCCCAACAGUGCUUGCUGCUUGUCUGUUGGAAUACAGAGACUCAUAUUUUGAAGUGAGAACCUGAGUUGAGCAUUGUGAAGGGGCUGAGUGAAGAAAUAAUAGUGUGUUCCCAGUCUGUGUUUCUACCUCAGAAUUCUGACACCAUUAAGGGCUGUUGCCUUCUAGUUCUAAGUUCAAUGACCUCAAAUGGUUGACUAUGUUAAGCCAAAGGGAAAUUGUUCACUCUCCAAAACACAUUCUUAAUAAACAAUGCAAUAUUUUUUUAAGUUUUCUUAACUCAA